UGUGAAUUCAGCAGCAUGGAUCAGUGUGAGAACAGAGAGGAGGGAGUCCCUCCCUCUAAAACCACUCUGUGUGGGGAAGAUGAGAGCCAGAGCAAAGGUCAGAGGAUCCAUCAGAGACUCAAACCAGAACCAGAACCAGAACCCAGCUGUGUGUCCUUUAAGAGUGACAGGUCAAAGGAUGAGAUCAUUCACUUUAAAUCUCCUGGAUCUCCACCAUCAGAGAGAGUGGACGAGCAGAGCUCAGAGGUUCCCAGUGGUCCGUCUGCCCAGCAGCAACAAACACAGCUGGACUCCAUAUUUAUGCUGUUGGAGGACAAUAUUGUCACUUUUGUGAAGAAAGAACUGAAAAAGAUCCAGAAAGUUCUGAGUCCAAAUGACCCAGAACAUUCAGAGAGUCAGAGAGAUGAUGAUGAUGUGUUGGAAGGUGAUGAUGAAAAGCAGAGGAGGAGCAACAGAGAGGCAGUGAUGAAGAUCACACUGAACUUCCUGAGGAGGAUGAAGCAGGAGGAGCUGGCUGACCGUCUGGAGAGCAGAUAUUUUGCUCCAGUUUGUCAACGUCAACUUAAAUCUGGUCUGAAGAAGAAGUUCCAGUCUGUGUUUGAGGGGAUUGCUAAAGCAGGAAGUCCAACCCUUCUGAACCAGAUCUACACAGAGCUCUACAUCACAGAGGGAGGGACUGGAGAGGUCAAUGAUGAACAUGAGGUCAGACAGAUUGAAACAGCAUCCAGGAAACCACACAGACCAGAAACAACAAUCAGACAAGAAGACAUCUUUAAAGUCCCACCUGGAAGAGAUCAACCAAUCAGAACAGUGAUGACAAAGGGAGUGGCUGGCAUUGGGAAAACAGUCUUCACACAAAAGUUCACUCUGGACUGGGCUGAAGACAAAGCCCACCAGAACAUCCAGUUCAUAUUUCCAUUCACGUUCAGAGAGCUGAAUGUGCUGAAAGAGAAAAAGUUCAGCUUGGUGAAACUUGUUCAUUAUUUCUUUAGUGAAACCAAAGAAAUCUGCAGCUUUGAACACUUCCAGGUUCUGUUCAUCUUUGAUGGUCUGGAUGAGAGUCGACUUCCUCUGGACUUCCACAACAAGGAGAUCCUGACUGAUGCUACAGAGUCCACCUCAGUGGACGUUCUGCUGACAAACCUCAUCAGGGGGAAACUGCUUCCCUCUGCUCUCCUCUGGAUAACCACACGACCUGCAGCAGCCAGUCAGAUCCCUCCUCAGUGUGUUGGCAUGGUAACAGAGGUCAGAGGGUUCAAUGACCCACAGAAGGAGGAGUACUUCAGGAAGAGAUUCAGAGAUAAGGAUCAGGCCAACAGGAUCAUCUCCCACAUAAAGACAUCACGAAGCCUCCACAUCAUGUGCCACAUCCCAGUCUUCUGCUGGAUCACUGCUACAGUUCUGGAGGAUGUGUUGGAGACCAGAGAGGGAGGAGAGCUGCCCAGCACCCUGACUGAGAUGUACAUCCACUUCCUCAUGGUUCAGACCAAAGUGAAGAAUCUCAAGUAUGAUGGAGGAGCUGAAACAGAUCCACACUGGAGUCCAGAGAGCAGGAAGAUGAUUGAGUCUCUGGGAAAACUGGCUUUUGAUCAGCUGCAGAAAGGAAACCUGAUCUUCUAUGAAUCAGACCUGACAGAGUGUGGCAUCGAUAUCAGAGCAGCCUCAGUGUACUCAGGAGUGUUCACACAGAUCUUUAAAGAGGAGAGAGGUCUGUACCAGGACAAGGUGUUCUGCUUCGUCCAUCUGAGUGUUCAGGAGUUUCUGGCUGCUCUUCAUGUUCAUCUGACCUUCAUCAACUCUGGUUCUGACGUGAUGAAUGAAACACAAAGAUCUAAGAAAUCUUCAUUAUUUAAUAAAUCUAAACUAAAAUCUCUCCAUCAGAGAGCUGUUGACCAGGCCUUACAGAGUCCAAAUGGACACCUGGACUUGUUCCUCCGCUUCCUCCUGGGACUUUCACUGCAGACCAAUCAGAGACUCCUACAAGGUCUGCUGACAAAGACAGGAAGUAGCUCACAGACCAAUCAAAAAACAGUUCAGUACAUCAAGGAGAAGAUCAAUGAGAAUGUGUCUGCAGAGAAAAGCAUCAAUCUGUUCCACUGUCUGAAUGAACUGAAUGAUCGUUCUCUAGUGGAGGAGAUCCAACAGUCUCUGAGUUCAGGAAGUCUCUCCACAGAUGAACUGUCUCCUGCUCAGUGGUCAGCUCUGGGUUUCAUCUUAGUGUCAUCAGGAAAAGAUCUGGAUGUGUUUGACUUGAAGAAAUACUCUGCUUCAGAGGAGGCUCUUCUGAGGCUGCUGCCAGUGGUUAAAGCCUCCAACAAAGCUUUACUGAGUGGCUGUAACCUCUCAGAGAGAAGCUGUGAAGCUCUGUCCUCAGUUCUCAGCUCCCAGUCCUCCAGUCUCAGAGAACUGGACCUGAGUAACAACAACCUGCAGGAUUCAGGAGUGAAGCUUCUCUCUGCUGGACUGAAGAGUCCAAACUGCAACCUGGAAACUCUCAGCUUAACAGGCUGUUUGGUCUCAGAGGAAGGCUGUGCUUCUCUGGCCUCAGCUCUGACCUCCAACCCCUCCCAUCUGAAAGAGUUGGACCUGAGCUACAAUCAUCCAGGAGACUCAGGAGUGAAGCUGCUGUCGGCUGGACUGAAGGAUCCACACUGGAGACUGGAAGCUCUCAGACUGAGUGGCUGUAACCUCUCAGAGAGAAGCUGUGAAGCUCUGUCCUCAGUUCUCAGCUCCCAGCCCUCCAGUCUCAGAAAACUGGACCUGAGUAACAACAACCUGCAGGAUUCAGGAGUGAAGCUUCUCUCUGCUGGACUGAAGAGUCCAAACUGCAACCUGGAAACUCUCAGCUUAUCAGGCUGUUUGGUCUCAGAGGAAGGCUGUGCUUCUCUGGCCUCAGCUCUGACCUCCAACCCCUCCCAUCUGAAAGAGUUGGACCUGAGCUACAAUCAUCCAGGAGACUCAGGAGUGAAGCUGCUGUCGGCUGGACUGAAGGAUCCACACUGGAGACUGGAAGCUCUCAGGGUGGAGCCUGCUGGAGUCCAAUUCUUGACACCAGGUCUGAGGAAGUAUUCCUGUCAACUCACCAUCGACACAAACACAGUGAACAGAGAGAUCCAACUGUCUGAAGACAACAGGAAGGUGACACAUGUGGAGGAGCUUCAGUCAUAUCCUGAUCAUCCAGACAGAUUUGAUUACUGGAAUCAGCUGCUGUAUAGAACUGGUCUGACUGGUCGCUGUUACUGGGAGGUCGAGUGGAGUGGAAAAGUUUAUAUAUCAGUGAGUUACAGAAGAAUCAGGAGGAAAGGAAAAAGUGUAGACUGUUGGUUUGGAGGGAAUGAUCAUUCCUGGAGUCUGAGCUGCUCUGAUGUUGGUUACUCUGUCUGGCACAAUGACAUAGAAACUCGUCUCUCUUCCUCCUCUGUUUCUAACAGAGUAGCAGUGUAUGUGGACUGUCCUGCUGGCAUUCUGUCCUUCUACAGAGUUUCCUCUGACUCACUGAUCCUCCUCCACACCUUCAACACCACAUUCACUGAACCUCUGAUUCCUGGAUUUAGGUUCUGGUCCAGUUCUGGUUCCUCAGUGUUUCUGUGCUCAGUUGAGUCUAAAGAGUCUAAAGAUUUUCCUCCUGUCAGAGAAACUCUCUCACUGUUGAACAGAUAGUUCAGUCUCUACAAUCUAUUUCUUGGUGAAACAAUUCUGAUUGAGUCCUUGGAAACUUUUUCUUCUUCCAGUCCUUUAAAUAUGGAAGCUGGGAUUAUUCCAGGACUAUUCCAGGAUUAUUCCAGGAUCCUCAUGUUUUCCUGUCUGUUUCCAGUCAAUGCUUCACACUGAAUAUCAAGAUGUUGUUUCUCUUAUUUUUUCCUUUCAUUCAUCAGAUUUCAUUGAAAUGUUGAUCAGUUUUUCUCAAUCACUGAUCAUUUUCUGUUUCUAUCGGCUCCUAUUUUUCUCAACAUGUCAGAUUUGAAUAUUAAAUCUUCCUUUUGUAAAUUUGCUGCAGUUUUUCUUCAUGUGUUUUAAAUAAAAACAUUUUUCUUCUGCA